AUGAGCGGGGUCGAGAACACGCCCCCGCUCGGCGCGGGGCUGGGAUGGACCCCAGCAGCGCGCGCCACGCCGCUGAUGGACUCCACGCGGAAGCUCGGACUCGAGGUUGAGCGGAGCCUGGCAGAGAUGCGUCGCAUGAUCAUCGGCGCCGGCCACACGCCCGUGUCGCUCCAGCCCACGCAGCGGCAGUCGCCACCAGCGCCCGUACCGUUCGGCACGACCCUCCAAGACCGACUGGCCCGCAUCGAGGGCGCGCUCAAGACCACCCCGGUGACCAUGCCGAAGCCAGCGCCGUACCCGGUGUCGCCCCCGCGGGCCACGACCCUGCACGCCACCGCGGCGGUGCCCGCCCCUCGCGCGCGCCCGCAGGCCCCCGUGACGCGCCCGCUCGGCGCCGCGAGCCCCGACCCGUCCGCGUCCUGGACCCUCGGCGGCGCGUCGGCGUCCCCCCCGCCGUCCCACGCGUCGCGCAGCCCCACUCGCCCGCUGUUCGCCAGCCAGGCAGCAAACACGCCGCCCCGGGGGCCGGGCGCGAGCAAGUCGCCGUACCAGGACGUCGUCGACAACUACUUCCGGCGCAUCGAGACCGCCACCGCCCACGCGCAGCGCGCGGCCCGCGCUUCGCCGGCGACGGCGCACGCUGCGUCGAACGCGCACAGCAGCCACCGCGCCGCUGCGGCGCGCGCGCCGCAGCCCGAGCGGCCCGCGAGGGUGAAGCUCGAGUACGGCGAAGCCGCGACGCGGGCGCGCUCGCGCAGCCGGGACGUGCGCGGCGGCGCGGGGGCGUCGGACGCAGGCGCGGGCAGCGAGAGGUCGCGGUCCCGGCACAAGUCGCGGUCGCGGUCGCGGUCGGCGCGACAGAGCCGCGUCGGGGCCCAGGGCGCGCCUGCCCCUGCGGCGGAAGAGCCCGGGGAGCGUCGGAGGGAGGUGUUGAGGGACUCCCCCCCGUCGUUCAGCAUGCUGUCUGACGACGCGAAGAUGCGGCGGCUCCGGGAGCUGCAGGCCAAGGUGCGGCAGCUGGAGGAGGCGAACGAGAUCGUGGAGGGGGACCGCAGCACGCUGGCCAUCGGCGCCACGGAGGUGGCCAACCUGAAGCGCGAGCUCGAGUCCUCCCGGGACCGCGAGGCCGCGCUCGCCCGCGCCGUCGAGGACAUGAAGCAGCAGAUGGAGCGCCUCAUCAUCGUCGCGGCGCAGCGGCACGGCGCGGGCGACGGCAACCAGCACCCCGCCCCUGACACCGCCCGCCGCCUGCAGCAGCUAGAGGACGCAAACGCAGCUCUGGAGCGCCGCGUGCGCGACGCCCAGGCCGAGCGCGACGCCGCCGUCCUCGCCGCGCGCGAGGCGGCGGAGCGCAGCGCGGAUGCGGCGGCGGCGCCUGACAGCGCUGCGCUGAGUCAGGAGAACGACCGGAUGCGGCGGCAGCUCAGGGAGCGGACCGCGGAGCUCGCGGAGCUGCGUGCGGCGCAGGAGGCGACGGUGGCGGAGCUGCGGGAGUCGCUGCGGGCUGCGCGGGCGGAGCGGGAGGGCGCGGACCAAAGCGCGCUGGCCCGGGACGCGGCGGCGGCGCACGCGCGGCUGGCGCGGGUGAGCGUGGAGCUGCGGCAGGCGCAGGACGCGCGCGAGGAGAUGGAGGACCGCCUUGUCGACACCGAACGACAGCUCGAGGCGGAGCGCGAGCGGUCGGCCACCGCGGCGGAGCGUGCGGCCUCCGACGUGGCGGAGGUGCGCGACACGCUGCGCAGGGAGCGUGCGGAGGUCGCGCGGCUGAAGGAGGCGCUGCGCGACGCCGAGGCCGCGCGGGAGCAGGUGGGCGAGCGCGGCACCGAGGCCGAGCGCCGCCUGAAGGCCACCAUCGCGGAACUCGAGCGCAAGGUCGAGCAGGCGCGCGAGGACCUCGCGGUGGAGAAGGAACGAGCGGCGACGCGCCUCGCCGAUGAAGAGCUGCGGCUCGAAGCGCGUGUCGAAGACGCGCACCGCGCCGCCGAGGCGGCCCGCAACGAGGCUAACGCUGCCCGGAACGCGCAGCGGGAGGCCGAGGAGGCUCGCGGCGCGGCGCGCGACGAGGUGGCGGCGCUGCGAGCGAGCUUGCGGACGGCGGAGGAGAGGGCCGCUGCGGCUGAGGAUCGCGCGCAGGAGCUCGAGCGCGACGUCGAGACGGCGGACGCGGCGGCGGCGGCCGCGCGGCGCGACGCGGAGGAGGCGCGGGCGGCAGCGGAGCGCGCGCGGGCGGGCGGCGGGGAGCUGGACGCGGCGCUGCGGAAGGAGCGCGAGACGCUGGAGCAGGUCGUCGCGAAGGCGAAGGAGUACAAGGUGUCCCGCGACCGGGCCCUCCAGGCGCGCGACCUGCUGCAGAAGGACGUGCACCGCAUGUCUGACGAGCUGGGGGGGUGUCGCGAGGAGCUCGAGAGCGCCCUGGCGGAGUGCGAGCGGUCGUCGCGCGAGGCCGACGCGGAGCGGGAGGCGCGCGAGGAGGCCGAGGCGGCGCUGGCGGACGCGAGGCUGCGCGUCGCGGAGGCCGAGCGCGUGCACGCUGAGGCGAAGGAGGCCGCCGGGCGCGCGGGGGAGGCCGAGAGGGAGCUGCGGUCGGAGCUGCAGGCGCUGCGGCGGUCGGUGGUGGCGCUGCAGGGGGACCUGGAGCAGGCGCGCGCCGAGGCGCGGGCUGCACGGGAUGAGGCGACGGCGGAGCGGGAGGCGCGGGUGGGCGCGGAGAUGGACGCGGACGGGCUUCGGGAGGUGAUGGACGAGCACUUCGAGGAGAUCGGGAGGAAGGACCAGGAGAUCGCUGCGCUGCACGCGCGGCUGGAUGCGCUGUCGGCGUCGGACGCGGAGCAAGCGAAGCGGGAGGUGGUCGAGCUGCGGAGGUCGCGCGCGGCGCUGGAGGAGGCGCUGAGCGAGCGCAACCGCGAGCUCGCGGACGCGCGGGGCGCGGCGCGGCGCGCGGAGGCCGCGUUCGCGCGCGCGGAGAGGCUGCAGCAGGAGAGCGACGCAGCGGCGGGGCGGCUGGCGACGACCGAGGCGCAGCUGGCGGCGGAGCAGCAGGCGGCCGCGAAGCUGCGCGCAGAGGUGCAGCAGCUGAAGAGCCGCAUCGUGGAGAUGGAGGGCCAGCUCGCCCUCCUGCGCGACCAAGCCCUGUAA